AUGCAUGAAAAUGGAAGCAAAAGCUCCACAUAUUCCAACUCUGAUAAUCUAUUCCUCCUAAUAAGUUAGAAACUCACUUUCCAUCCUUUUCACUUAACAUCACAAACACACUUUCUAUAACUCUCUUUUAAAUCACUUAAAUAUCUUCCAAAAGCUACACAAACUACAUGAUUCAUUCAAGAAAAAAAAAAGAUGAAUUCCAAAUGCAUAUUUUUUCUUAUAACAAUUUCAACAAUAUUAGCAAUUGCAAAUUCAGAAGCAUCAGUGAAACCAUUGGUGAAAAUAGUAAGAGGAAAGAAACUAUGUGACAGAGGUUGGGAAUGUAAAGGUUGGUCAGUGUAUUGUUGCAAUGAAACAAUUUCUGAUUAUUUGCAAACAUACCAAUUUGAGAAUUUGUUCUCAAAGAGAAAUGAUCCUGUUGCACAUGCUGUUGGAUUUUGGGAUUAUCAUUCUUUUAUUACUGCUGCUGCACUUUAUCAGCCUCUUGGAUUUGGUACUUCUGGUGGAAAACAUGGUGGACAGAAAGAAGUUGCUGCUUUUCUUGGUCAUGUUGGAAGCAAAACCUCUUGUGGUUAUGGAGUGGCUACAGGGGGACCCUUUGCUUGGGGCUUAUGCUAUAAUAAGGAACUAAGUCCUGAUAAAUUCUACUGUGAUGAAUACUACAAAUUAACCUAUCCAUGUAGUCCUGGUGCAGCUUACUAUGGCCGUGGUGCCAUUCCAAUUUACUGGAAUUACAAUUAUGGAAAAAUUGGAGAAGCCUUAAAAGUGGAUCUAUUAAACCAUCCAGAAUACAUUGAACAAAAUGCAACAUUAGCAUUCCAAGCAGCACUAUGGAAAUGGAUGACACCACCUGAAAAACACAUACCUUCACCACAUGAUGUUUUUGUUGGAAAUUGGAAACCAACAAAAAAUGACACAUUAUCCAAAAGAGUACCUGGAUUUGGUGCCACAAUCAAUAUUUUAUAUGGUGAUCAAGUUUGUGGCCAAGGUUCUGAAAAUGAAUCAAUGAAUAAUAUAAUUUCUCAUUAUCUUUAUUAUCUUGAUUUGUUAGGAGUUGGUAGAGAAGAGGCAGGGCCUAAUGAAAUUCUAUCUUGUGCUGAACAAGCUGCUUUUAAACCUUCUGGCUCACCUUCUUCUUCAACAACUUGAAGAGAUUAUUUUUACUUGUUUGGUUUGUUGUGAUUCUUGGUUGGUUUAUUCUUGAAUCAUAUGCAAAAUGAAAAAAAAUACUAAUGUUUAUAGAUUAUUAUGAUGCUAUUUUGUAUCUUGGUUUUUUAUGUUUUGUUGCCUUGAUGGUUAUUGUAUGCUUUGAAUAUAUUUUUGAAACAAUAUGUAUAAAUUGAAUAUUUGAUCAUUA